CCCGUCGCUGAGCCCGUCGCUGAGCCCGUCGCUGAGCCCGUCGCUGAGCCCGUCGCUGAGCCCGUCGCUGAGCCCGUCGCUGAGCCCGUCGUUGAGCCCGUCGUUGAGCCCGUCGUUGAGCCCGUCGUUGAGCCCGUCGUUGAUGAGCCCGUCGCUGAGUCCACCAUCGAACCCGUGACUGAGAAGCAAAGCGAGGCUCAAGAGGUUGAAGAGACUACCGACGGAGCGGAGCCUGAGGCCGUCAAGGAGGAUUCUACUGAGACAGCAGCAGAGCCUGAGGUCAAUGGUGUGGUCAGCAGCAGUGGCGAGGUGGACCAAUCUCUGACUGGUGAAGAGGAGGCCGCUAAGGUUGAAUCCGAACCAGUAGCCUCUGAGAAACCCAAGGCGGAAGAGUCUGCCCCUGUUUCUAAUGGCGACUCUUCGGUUGAGAAAGACGUCGAUCCUUCCGCUCAGCCCGUUCCUCCUUUUCAGGAUGCCACUCCCGAGCCCACCGUAGAGUUCGCCAAGGACUCAGAAGAGAAAGACUCGAUUGUGACUCCUGAGCUCGUUGGAGCUGGUGCCGCAGCUGCCAUCGCUGCCGGUGCUGUUGUUGCUGGAGUCGCUUCCAAGUCUCACAAAGAGCCCGAAGUCGUUGCUACACCUAAGGACAAUGUGGACGCCAAGGAACCGUCUCAGCCUAAUGACGGCAAGCAGGAAACUUCCCACCUCGUACCUGCAGCCCAGGCCGCCGACAAUAAGCACACGGAAUACUCCACUUCAAAGGACAUGUCCACACCCGAGCCUGAAAGUGAUCCUGCUCUCGCAGCACUUGCUGGCGACCGCGAAGCUCUCCUCCGAAAGCUGGAGUUGCCAUCCACUGAACAGUUGCCUGCGGAACCUACUUCGUCCACCAGCGAUGACCAGGUUGCGAAGCCAGCCGGUCACGACGAGCGCGCUCCUGCGUCUACCGACGGCCCCUCCAUCGCGACCGAGUCUUCUGCUCCUACUGAGGGCGAUGCCGGCAAGGCAGUUGCCCCCAAGAACAACGAGGAGCCUCGUUCUCCCAGUCAAAAUCGGUCAGUCACUGCUGUUUCCUUGAACCAUAAGCGAGACAGCUGGUUGAGGACUAUUUUGCGUGCCGUCUUCGGCAAUUUCUUCGGCGCCAUCUUCUCGCCCUUUCGCCGUGGUGGAAGGACGAACCAGUAG